UAUUAAAUAGAAUCGGAAUGGCGUGGAUGAGUAGUGUGCUCGUCCUUUUGGCAGCAGUGAGCAAUUUCGCUGUUGAAGAUGACCCGAACGCUGUGUUUUCAGCUCGCAUAGAGAGUUGCAGUGGGUGCAAAUUGAACCGGCUCCCUGAUGUGAAGCGGUUCCUCAAUCAAAAAGCUCCCCUUAUACAUAACGUUGAGGUGAAAUGGAUUGGCGGAGCAAACCCUGACGCUUUCUUUCUCAAUAAAGAUGGAGAAAUUGUAGAAACAGUGGAUCUGACGAAAUUCAAAUCAGACGGUUUGAUUCAACUGUUUGUCGAUCGUGGCUUCCACUUUAAGCUAGAUCCGGACGAGCAAGUACCCAGAAGCAAACAGAGGGGACCAUAUUAUAUAUACAACGAAGGAGCUACACGUCAGGGUGUAGGGAAUGAUAACAAUGUCAAUGAAGGGACGGACAAACGAAAAGUGAAUGCAGAAAAAGUUGAUUUGUAAACUGGUGUGUGCCAAUUAUAAGUAGAUUUUUAGUUGUAACUAGUAAAACAGAAAUAAUCGCAUUAAUUCAUUUAAAGCGUGAAAAAAAAAUCGAAACAGUUUUGUGUUCGUUUUGAACUAAAAAUAUCAUAACUAUUAGUUUGGUUAUGAUGUUUACUAGUUAUGAAUUGCCACUUGGUAGAUUUUAUGGUGCCAGAAAUUUCGUCAAGUUUACCGUGUAAUAUAGCUAUAAUGUAUUAAUCAUUUAUUACGAUGUGUUUGUUUUCAUAUCAACAUUAUUGGCGAUGAAUGAAAACGCAGUUCAGUUCACAUGGUGCUCUUUCAAUCAAUUUGUGUAAAUACUACUUUCAAAUUUUUAUUAUUUUUUUCCUCUAACAGUCAGGGACGUAUUUUAUUGCCAUUUUUUAAAGUCAGUAUCACAUUUUAUUCUGUAAAGAGACAGACUUCGUAAAGUAAACAUCGAAACAAACAUUUAUUUCUAAAAUUGUAAAUACACGUUAAGAUCUAAUGGUAGCAUAUUUGCUCCAACUGAUACUGACUCAAAUGAACGUUUCAUGCUUUUUAUUUUCAUGAUGAUUUUGUGUCUAAUGGAAAAGUGCCAAUUAUGAGUUUGAUCAUGCAGUUUACUUAUGACGGUUCUCCAUUAAAAUUCUCACUCUCACUUUGAACCUUGGUUAACCCGACGCCUUCUAACUGCUGUGUCAGAGUCUUGUUGGUGAUUUUUGUUUAAAGUUUAAU